AUGAUCGAAAUCUCUCCAAAUAUCUGGAAAACCAACGAAACAUAUUAUGAGGCUUCUUCGAUAGAUUACAAGAAAAACUUGUAUGCAGUGAUUGAAUAUUGGAAAGAAAUCGGAACUAUUGAAACAUUUGAUGGAAUAACUAUUUUAUCUGAUAUGGAAUCUAUGGAUAAUUGUGAGUUCUCAAAAGGUUUUUGUAAAAAAACAACUUCUACAGUAUUUUGGGAUGUUUUUGGCAAAAAAAUUGAACUUUGUAGAUAUGAAAAUAUAAUGUCUACAACUAUCCUCAUCGCAAAUAAUCAAGUAAUAAUUCCCGAGCUUGAAAUUUUCACUGAAACGGAUCUUGAUGAUUUGAUGUUGGAAACAAUGAACAAACAUCGUUGUGCUUUCACAAAACCAUUGUUACUUAAAAAUGGUCUUGUUAUCGAUUUUGUAAACAAUGAAGCAUUCAAUCAGAAAAAUGUAGAAAAAUAUCGAUCAAAAAGGGAUGCACAUUAUGAAUAUGAAACAAUUCUAUCAAUGGUCGGACCUCCAUUCAUGACUAAACCAAUGAUUAAAACAUUAUUUGACGCUGAUAAAAUAUCUGAUAUUGAAAAAUUCCAGACAAAUCCUAUUCAAAAUAUUACUAUUCUUCAAGAAAUCUAUUAUUGGAAUGUUAGUCAAGAAUGUUUCAAAAUGCGAAGCCUCAUGUACCAAUACGAAGGAAAUCAUACAUUUGGAAACCAGUUGAUUGUAUUGAAAUGUAUACGAAUUGCACAAUAUGAGGCACGUGAGAGAGAACGGUUGAAAUCAAAAAGUAAACUCGACAAAAUUGAAGAAAAAUUUAAAGAGGAGAUUGAUAAAGCAUCUUUCAGUUUAUUCGAUGCUUUAUUGGAAAAAGAGUUUGGAAAAGUUGAAAAAAUUCUUAGUUCAAAUUUCAAUCCUGCUUCGAUAGAAAUUCCAUUUUUCAAUGAACAAAACGUGACAAAUGUGAUGAGUUUAACAAUGUUUUCGUAUGAGCAAGAUGAGAUAACAAGAUAUGGAUUUACAACAACUCCAAUUAGUUAUACGGUAAUUUUUUUUGUGAAUCUCGAAUUUCUCAAUUUUUAUGAUGUUUUCCAGACUUCUUCAAUGCCGACUACUGAAAUAUAUCCAAUUCAUUUGACAAAAACAAUGAAACAUACAACAAGCACAUUGUCAAAAUCUGCUUUUUUGUCUACAGUCUCACAAAAAUCUAUCCCAACAACCACUACACAACCUUCAGUGAAGCUCAAUGAAACUCAUAGCAUACACCAAACGGUUAGUCAAAACAAAAGAGGGGUCUGAACAACAAAAUUAUGCCGUUCUCAACACCACCAGGGAAUUUUAAUUCAGAAAUCUAGACAAUUUUUUUUAACUGUUUGGCCCUACGUUAAAAAAAGUUCAUUGAAUAUUUUAGACAAGUUUUAGUCCCUUAUUGUAAUAUGGAAUUUUGAAUUACAUAAUUAUUUCUAGACUUCUGUUCCAACACCAACCGCUCAGAAACGUCAACAACAAACUAAAACAACUUCAAAGCCCACAGCAAAAUGUUCUCCGAAACCUGAGUUUUUAUCAACCAUCUUACCAAAAUCGACAACAACACACACUCUGGUCAAAAUCGAUAAAGAGAAAACACUCCGCAGCAAACACCAAGUGGUAUUUCUACAUUUGUUUUUUUUUAAAUUAAACAUUUUUUCCAGGAGUCUGUUUUAACAUCAACCAGUGGGAAAAUUCAAAAACAAACCAAAACAACUUUGAACACAGCAAUAACAACGACUACCGCAAUGUCCUUCACAUCAAAAGAAAUCAAGGAAAAUGAGAAGAUCAUCCAACAGAAGGUAUAAAAUCUUUAAAUUCUCUAUGAAUAAACCUAAAAUCAAUGAAACUACUGCAUUUUUACAGACUGUUUAUCAAAAAUAUGAACUGCUAGAUGUGUCAAAAAGCGUAUAUAAAAAAGCAAAAAGGAAACAUCAACUUUUCGAAAUAAUGCUACCUAUAGAUGAAACUGCAGCCAUUCGAUCUCAUUUGAAUAGUAAUAAUAUAGUUGCAAGAUGGAUAGGAGAUUCUUUGAGCAUUACUGCAUGUCAACAAGUCAAACCAACAAAAAUCUAUUGGAAUCACCAAGUCAAUAACACGUGUUAUGAACACCUACCGAUGAAAUUGGAAAAUGAGCAAAUAUGGUAUAAACUACCCGGAAGUGAAGAUUUGAUUAAACAUGCAAAAACUAAAAACUGCAAAGUUAUCAGAGAAGUUUAUAAGAAAAAUGGGAGAUGGGAAAAUUCUGGUGGUAAAUAUGUAGAAGCUGGAUAUUUUCUAAAUAAAAAUAUUCAAAAACCCUCAUCUUUUUCUGGACCAUUUAAAACAUAUCUCGAGGAUGAAAUAUCAUAUACACCCAUAUUGAAACAAAAAUACUCAACUAUGUUCAGUGCUAAAAUUAUCGAUCACAUUUUGGAGAUAGAUGCGGCAAAGCUUCAAGAUUUAAUAAUGGAAUGGAAAUCAGAAACAAACAAAGAAGUUCCAUUUUUGAUUGGGCUGGCGGUUAUCUGUUUAUUUUUUGUUACUGUUACACUAUGGCUCAUUAGAAAAUGUCUGAAUGGAAUCACAAAAUUACGAAAUCAAGAAAAUAUUGCCAAAGUCAUAUCUCGAGUGAAAACUCCAAGAAUAAAUCAAGUCAACUUGGAAAUGGAGACAAUUGAGAGAAAUGAUAUUUUCGAUGAAUAUCCACUUCCAGGCCUAAGAAGAUAG